UCUUUUUCCUUUUUGAUUUUUCUGUAUAAAUAUCAAUGUUAACGCAGAAUGAUAUUCCUUCAUUCAGUGCUAAAAUUUUGUAAUUUGAAGACGCGAACUUAAACAAUUUAUAAUAAAGUGUAUUUUUUAAGUGUUUUAAUUUAAUUUAAUAUCUUAUUGUUCUGUGUAACCUCCCUUUUAAAAACGGCCAAAGAUUUGUGACAGACGAAAAAAAGUGUGUCUUCGCUUGAAAAAUGCAACGUCAAUUUACCUCGGGCAGCCGACAGGCACCUGAUCCUUUCGAUCAGUUUCUCGAAGAACAUAAUUUCUAUCGUAAACAUACGGCCAGAGAUGCAUCCUGUUUGUUUCGUGUCAUUUCGGAACAAAUGUAUGACACGCAAUUGCAUCAUUUGGCCAUUCGGGAGAAAUGUGUGACAUACAUGCGCAAACAUCGUAAACACUUCGAUUAUCAUGUAGACCGAGAUUUCGAUGAGUAUUUGGAUGACAUGUCAAAACCGAAAACCUAUGGAACAUUAUUAGAGCUGCAGGCAGCCAGUUAUAUGUUUGAGCGAAAUGUGUUUUUAUUUCAACCUUUUAAUUUGGGUAAUUAUUUUAAUGAAUAUCGUUCGAAUUUCGUCGAAGUAUUUCGUGUUUUUUAUACGCCUGAAAGACAUUUUGAUUCCGUAUUUACAUCAGAUUAUAUACAAGAGGCUGCUAUAUGUCAAUCCAUUUGUUAUGAGAUUCUUUAUAAAGAUCUCUUCAAACUGCCCGAUGUUUCAUUUGCCGUCGAACAAAUGCUGCACGGUCCCACCUUUGAAAAUAUGGACUACCGUACCGAAACUAAUGAAGAAGGCUACUCUACGCGUUUGCAUUUAAGUGAUGGUCGUUCCUUUGAAUUGGAUUUACCACACAAUACUAAUUGUAUAUUGGAAAAUUAUAAAUUAUGUCAUUUUCAUUAUAUCAAUUUCCCACGCUAUUCGGAUGAUCUUCAGCGUGAGCUUAAAAAUGCCAAUAAUUGUGAGGAAUAUGAUAAAAAUUCGUUGAUUAUACAACGUACCGCCGAAUCUUUUCUACCGAAUAAGUAUGUCUCCUGUGUUCGGCAACUGCUGCAAGAGGGCAUAACACCAUUUCCCUAUAAAGUGGCUAAGGCUUUAGAUCCAAAUAUGUACCGUAAUAUUGAGUUUGAUUCAUGGAAUGAAAUGCGCAAGGAGUUGAAACUACAGAAUUGGUAUAAUGGUGAUGCAAAUUUUAAGGUUGGCGCCAAGUGUCAUGUAAAAUUGCGCAAGUCAGAGCAGGAUCUCUAUACUUGUCAUAUACAGGAAAUAGCCGUCGAUAAGGGACAGUGUAUUGUAUUCGUUGAACAAUUGGGUGAAAAACGUUUAGUGCCUUAUGAGAAUCUAACACCCCUACCACCGGAUCAAUUUAAACCCUGGACGGUGCCUUAUCGUUUGCAACGUCAUAUGCAAAAAUAUAGUUCAGUACGUUUUACACGUCAAUACAAUUAUCGUUUUAAAUUCAAUACAACUACUGAGCAUCAUCAUCAUCAUGAGUUUGCAUGUGGUUCGGCUAUGGAUAAUGAUAGUUGUUCAAAUGAUUAUAUCGAUGAUGAUCUCAAGAAGUCAGCACGUCAGCAACAUAAUCAACAUUGUACUACAGCUGCCUCGUAUUUCAAAUUGAAGCAGUACACUCAUUUGGAGGAUUUUCGUACACAUGUCGAGUAUUGUACCAUGCCCUUGACGGUGGCACAUGCAAGUCGGGAAGUUGAUGCAGCCAAGUCUGGUAAUCAGCAAAGAGGAAUUGGUGAUUCUAAUGAGAAUUCUCGUACUCCCUCAAGAUCUUCAACGACUGUGGGAACUCAACGUAAUAACAUGGAGGGUGUACAAAAUAAAGCCCUACCAAAUAGUGGCAAUACUAAUGUUGAGGAUCAUUUAGGAACACCGCAGGCAUUUGUACCCCAUUUAAUGGAGGCUUAUGAUGUUGAUCAUUAUAAUCCUAAUGCUGCUUUAUACAUGCCCGAAAUGCAAAGUUUUUAUCCCAUGUAUCCCUACUCAACUGCUGCCGGUAUACCAGAAGAUUAUUAUGGUUAUUGUGGUUUUGAUGGUGGUUUGCCACCCGGGGCAGCAUUUAUGCCUGCAGUAAAUAAUGGUUUUUAUUAUUUAUGUAACAAUACUUUAGCACCACCUGGUAAUUAUAUCAACUCCACUAAUCCAUAUUUUCCACCGCCACCACCACCUCAAUCAUUAGGUAUUGGUCCUAUGGUGGCAUCAGCUAAUACUCCGAAUGCUUCGUAUUAUACACAAACACCCUUGACCAGUGCAGCUACUAACACACAAUCUGCACAAAGUUUAGCUCCACCAAGCAAUACACAUCCGUCCAGUAAUAAUACACCUUCACGUUUACCUCACCGCAGUGUAACAAAUACUCCCACAAAUACUCCUUUAAGUGGACGCAUAAACUAUGAUGCUAAAAAAUCCUUAAAAGCCAAUGGUGUCGAUUUGCCCAAUGAUGUGGCCACUUUAAGGUUCUUUUACAAUAUGGGUUUGGAUUAUUAUCAUAAACAGAAAAAUAAUGAAAAUGAGACUCCUUCAAAUGAAGAUACUACAACAAAUAAAAUUUCAAAUGAUUUGCAAAAUAUUAAACUCGAUGAAAAUGCUAAUCAGGUGUCAAGUACUAAAUCGGAUGCUAAUAACAAUGAUCCGCUUAAUGUUAACCAAAAUGAAGCGGCAGCUAGCAAUGAGACAAAUUCGAACACAACUCAAUCAAAUAAGCACAGUAAUACAGUUGUAAACUCUUCUACUGGUGGAGGUGGUGGUAAUAAAGCCAACAACAAUAACAAUAAUAACAAUCAACGUCGUUAUAGUUCUCGUUAUUUUAGUGGCAAAGAACGUCAAAUGUCACAACGUAAUAAUAAUACAAAUCAAAAUACACAAAAUUCUAACCAUCAUCAGCAGCAGCAACAUCAUAAUCAAAAUCAUUCUUCACAGCGUAAUCAGGGAAAUUAUAACAAUAAUGCUAAUAAGUAUUCACAAAAUAAUUAUAAUUCUUCUUCAAAUACCACGAAUACUGGUCGUAAUACACAACAACAUCAUAUGCAAACAAUGCAGCAACAUCAACAACAACAGCAGCAACAUCUUAAUCCACAUCAUUCUGCUGCCACAGAACAAUCUCGACAAAUUUCACCUACUUGUGGUUUUGAUGAAGCUUCGAUUCGUGUUAAUUCGGUUGAUUCUCGUAGUUGUCAGACUCCAACGACAAAUAAUUCAAAUACAAAUACUAUGAUAACAUAUGCUAAUAGCGAACAAAUGCAUGAAGGCUUAACGGCUGGUGGAGUAGGAAAUGCAGGUCAAAUGUCUAUUGCUAUGCAAUCUACAGCAGGUGGUGUUUAUAUACCUAUACCAAUGACGGGAGGACCUCCUCCACCACCGCCCUAUGGAAUCUUUGCUCCACAUCCAACAGCUACUGCUGGCGCUCACCCUGCUACCGGUGUGGGAAUGCAUCCUAAUUAUAUGGCUGGACCACCGCCUCAAAUAAUAACACACUGUGGUUUACCACCACCUCCGGGUGCACAACAACAUGCCGCCUUAACUGGUGGAAUAAAUUCUGCCAAUGGAACGGAUAAUAUGGAAAAUGUUUGUAAUAACGAAAUGGCAACUAAUAAUGCAGGUCUUAUUGGAAUGCCACCACCAGGCAUGCAAAUUCAAUGUCCCAAUUAUCCACCACCCAUGCCGUUUUAUUAUUCAGCAAAUAGUGUCAAUUCUAUGGGAGGUAAUGGCGCUGCUGGAGGACCCUUGCCUAAUGCAGCAAAUGGUGUACAUUUAGUAUCUCCCUUCUCCCAUCAAGUACCACCUUCAACACCUUCUAAUCAAACAGCAUUUGCUUCACCACAUCCUUCUAUGGCUACUGGACAGGGUUACUAUUGUUUACAACCACCGCCAACACUACCUCCUCAGCAGCAAGUAACACCCCAAUUGAUGCAGCCACAGCCAUCACCAAUGUCCGCUAACACUAGGACACCAAAUUCCAACUCCUUAUCACACGAUAUCAAUAACGGUCCACGUAACGAUUUAAUACAACAAAAUAAUGAUUAAAAAUUAAUUGAUUUUUUUACAAUUUUAA